AUGAACAUUCCUGAGUUGGGCCUAUUGAAUCCAGCCAAUGCCUACGAGAACAAACGUCAGCUUUCCGUUGCUGGAGACAUCCUCCAGAACUCAUUUGAUCGUUUGAAUGGCAUCGUCACUGGGAGCGCUGCGAGUGGAGUGCGGCCACUAUUUGCCCCUGCUUCUGCCGCACCUGCUUCUGCCGCACCUGCUUCUACCAGCCCUGCUGCUGCCGCCCCACUAUUCGGAACUGCUUCGUCCAGCUCGGCAGCCCGCUCCGGCGGUCCAAUCCAGGCUUUGCUGAAUAACGAAAGAACGGGUGGCGGACCUCUCGGUGGUGCCUUUGGUGGGAUCUUUAACAAUCCUUUGCUGCAGACUGCAGAAGGAGGUAGCGGGCUCGUCCAAAAUAUUGGUCAGGGCCUCGGCCAAGGGUUGCUGGAGCCAGUCUUCUCCAUAGCCAAUGGCUCCGGUGCUGGAGGCAUUGUUAGAGGAAUCCUCGACCGUGCUGCCAGACUCACUUCUCCUGCUGGAGAGUCCGCAACCUAG